UUCCAGUGUCGUCUGUUCGUCGAAAAUACAAAAUGGCGGCAUCUUGUAGGGAUGUAUUUUGGAAGAUACAUUGCGUAUCAAAAUGCUCAAACUUCUCUGUCCAGAGAACAAUGUCCUCAUUUUUAUCCGCAAAAAGCACAACUACAGAACCUGCCGAGGAAGCGGACGGAGAAUUUAGGAAGUUAGACCUGUACAAACGACGGGAAGUGAGGAAGAAGAGCAAGCCACGGGAAUUGCAGGUCAAUGUACCGGCACCCCGUUAUACGCGGAUGCCGAUAGACCAAGACUGGACCAGCGUCUGGCCGACAGCGCAGUCCUUCAGGCCGUCUGUCGUGCCCUUACCCAUUCGACAGGGGUACAGCAAAAAGGGUGCACCACCUGGAAAAUUUGUCAACCUCGAACUCAUGAAGAUACCGAACUUUCUUCACCUUACACCUCCACAUAUCGAGAAGCAUUGCGAGGCGUUGAAAAAGUUCUGCACCCAGUGGCCUGCUGGCUUGGAAACGGAUGAACAAUGUGCAAAGCAUUUUCCCAUUGAAGUGACGACAAGCGACUACUGUCACUCCAGCCCAACAAUAAGAGACGUGCGUUCCAGGAUAGUUACUCUUAAGGUGAAACUGUCAAAGUUGAACUUAGACUAUCAUGCAAGAGACAAGUUACUCAGAUUGGUUGGAGACCGUUAUGAUUCAUCAAGUGACACUCUAACCAUCGUGACAGACAGGUGCCCAUUGAGGAAGCAAAACUAUGACUAUGCGCACUACCUCCUGGCAGCACUUUACCAUGAGUGCUGGACAACUGAACCCUGGGAGAGUGAGAAAGCCGAAUCAGACAUGGAAUGUUUCAUAUGGGAAGGAAGCCGUUCGGAAAAGAACUUGGUCGACACUGUUGAUCGUGUCAAGCAGGCGCUCAAGGGAAAGGAGACUUUCAAUCUGCCCCACAUUCAACAACUUCCCGACGAAUGCCCCACAUCAAAAGUCAAGGUCAUGCCCGAGGUGCGUCGCUACGGAGAAGCGCUCACCGCGGUGUACAACGAAGGAGAGAACGAGUACACCUGGGAGAACUACAAACGCUCUGUCUAUGCGCUCUUACGAUUGGGAGAAGCGCCAGAAACAGUUCAGGGCGAAGUGGAGCAAGGACAAGCGUGAUGUUUCACUUCACCGCAGCAUUCAGACAAACUGUGUUAGUGAUGUAGCUGAAGAAACCCCCCCCCAAGACCGAGGAUGUGAAUUACAGGUGAAUUACCCACGCAUUGGUGAUGAUUGAUCUGCAACUCUUCCGUAUGAAACGUGUUUGUAUAGCUUUUAUGCUGCUGUGGAUUUGGAAGUUUCAAAGAGAGAAGAGAUGAAAAAGAAAGAUACAAAUAAAUUACAUUAAUGAAGUCCUUAUAAAGUUACAUGCUCAAUAACAUGA